GGGCCAAAGCAGCCAAUGAGGCGUCUAUGUAUUUAAUAUGACUCUAAAGGUCGUUUAGUUUCAAAAUUUCAGUUUAUCUUGACUUAGCUUUGUGACGGUCUAGCAAAUAAACAGCUCCCUAAAAGUUCUAGUAACAAUAUAAAAACAGGCAUUUUUUUUUUUUUUUUUUAGAAAAGUGGAAUAGCCUAUUUUGGAAGACUUUUUAUCAUUUCAGAGUGGAUAUGUUGACCUUCGUCUUUGUGUGCCUUUCUCUCUCUGUCACAGGCCUACAUGCCUUUACGGUUACCGUUGCUAACCCUUUAGUAAAAGUGAAAGAAAAUGAGGGAGUUGACUUGAAAUGCACCUACACUGCUGACUUUGGAGCAACACCCAGAGUAGAAUGGAAGUUCAAGGAUCUCAAGGGCUCUCAGUCAUUCAUUUACUUUGAUAACAAGCCAACUGCUCAGUAUGAAAACCGCAUCACUGUGUAUAAUGGAGGGCUGAGAUUUGAAAAGGUGACGCGAGCAGACACCGGGGACUACGACUGUGAGGUGCUUGGAAAUAAUGGAUAUGACGAGAAGACAAUCAAACUCACUGUCCUUGUGCCUCCUUCCAAGCCUGUAUCCAGAAUUCCUUCUUCAGUCACAACAGGCAGUAACGUCCUUCUGACCUGCUUCGACAAUGUUGGAUCUCCCCCACCCACCUAUAAGUGGUACAAAGACAACACACCUCUCCCUGAUGAUCCCAGCAAGUUCCCCACAUUUAAAAACCUCACCUACAAGAUGAAUGUUUUCAAUGGAAACCUGGAGUUCCCUAGUGUGUCUAAGCUGGAUAUCGGUUCAUAUUUCUGUGAGGCCAAUAAUGGAGAAGGUGCCCCUCAGCGUAGUGAUGCAGUGCAGAUGGAUGUCCGUACUACUCGCCCCGCUCUGUGCCGGCCUCGAACCUGGGUCUCUGGUGUGGGAGUCGGACGCUCUAACAAGGAAGCUAAAGGUUGCAACCGCUAGUGUCAGUCGCUAGAGCAUCUCUUGAGAUCAGCGACUAUUAGCUGGCCUCUGUUUCAUGUACAUCAAUGGAAAGCUUAUUUAUUCAGCUUUCAGAUGAUGAUAUAUGAAUCUCAAUUAAAAAAAAAAAGACCCUUAUGACUGGUUUUGUGCUCCAGGGUCACAAAUACGAAAUAUCCAAAUACUCUUGAUCAUGUUUUAUGUGUUAUCAUAGUAGCAGCAGCCAUAUUUUCAGUAUUGACUUUCUUUUUAGAGUGGACAUGUUGCCCUCAUUAUUUCAACCUCAGGUAUAGGAUUCCAUGUUUUGCAACUUGACCAACUGUUUUGCUUUAAUUUCUAUCAUUAGGCUAUGUCCUUAUACAGUGUUCUGUCUGUGAUAAAAUUAUACUGAAUUAUGUGAAAGGGGUUUAGUUUACAUCAGAAAAUCAAACAUAUUAAUUAAUAAGCAAAACAGUGGCUCAUUCAGUCACUUUGUGUGCUGAGGAGAAAGUUAGACAGAAACUUUUAUUCUUAAACACCUGAAAGAGAAGCGGUGAUUUUUUUUAUGGCAUGUAACUAACAAUAAGUUGAGGGGGAAGUUCCUCCUAUCCUAUAAUACAUGAUGAUGGACUGCAUGAAGUGGGGCUCAUUGUUCUUUCAGUGAACUGAUGUUUUUGAGUCU